GAAUCGGCGGAAACUUGAACCGUUUAAUACUUUGUUUCUGGCCAUCACCGCAGCACCUAGUUCGCCUGCCGCUGGCUAAUCUUAGAGCAGGUUGAUUGUGAUAAUUCAUGAUAACAGGACAGGGCUAACUUGAAAGCGUCCCGACGCCGAGGAAGACACCCCGGCAGUCCGAGAUGUUCGGAGAGAGACACGUUCUUGCAGAUCUUUCGACUGAUCAAAGAGACCCCGACGAUUGGGAUAUUGGCAGGCUGCGAACCGUUGACUAUUUAUUGGACACAAGGGUGCUGACUUACGAGCCCACAUUGAGCCUUUUGGCUGUCGGCACAGCAAGCGGUCUGAUUUGCGUGGUAGGCGGUCCUGGUGUAGAGAGUUCAGUACAGACGCCAGAAGGUUCUUCGGUCAAGAUUUUGCAGUUUGCCGCCUCCACGGACAAACUCCUCUCUGUCGAUGAGUGCGAUCGACUUCAUAUCUGGAACUUGAAAGAUUUGAACGAACCGCCGAAGUCAACGAGAUUCGACCAUGCUAUCAAUGCUGUCAUGUUAUCACCUUCGCAUACCCAUGUCUUUCUUGCCCUGCAAUCGGGAGAGAUCAGAACAUACGAUCUUCUGUGUUUGAAGAAGUCACCCUAUGUCAUCCCGAACUUGUGGAAUAUGUUUCAGACUAAGAUCGCGAGCAGUGUGGUAGAUCCCUUGCAUGCAUUGCCUGGUUGCAAUAUUCCUGUCGAUUUAGUCGCACAUCCACGAGACCUCAACUUAAUAUUUGUGGCCUUCGGCGGGGGAGUGGUACUGUACGACCUGUCUUCACGUAACAUUCUACGGGCGUACGAACUUGUAAUCCCUGCCGGUGCGCCAGGAGGGGGAGGAUAUAACCAAGCGGAAGUGCUCACACAUCGAUGGCCUUCCGUUACUUCCGUAGCUAUUCACCCAGCUGGGCAUUUCUUCGCCGUGGGUUAUGCAGAUGGUUGUGUUGCCUUUUGGGCGGUGGAAGACGAAGAUCAGCCUCUGAUGGUGCGAACAUCCACAGACUUGGACGUUAACGUCAUAAACGGAGAGGAGCUUGAAAACUUCCUGCAAAACGGGGGUCCUUCAGAAGAAAAGGGGACUAAUGUGUCAGAACGUCAGCCAAUCUAUAGGGUCGCUUGGUGUGGCUUCCCGAACUCCUCAGAUCCCCGAGGAGGAGCAACUGCUCUCGUCAUUUUGGGAGGCGACAGAAGUAACGACCCUUGCCGGUUAACUGUACACACAAUGCCUGCUCUCAACUCUCCGGAACCUCCUGCUCCAUCUAGUUCCAAAACUGGGCUCCACGCUUCUAUCCGGAAGGCAAUGCGACUUUCAGUGAUUCCGUUAGAAAUAACUUGUUAUCUAUCAUCGGGUCCUAUUUAUGACUUCGUCCUCUUUCCAAAGUCUAAUCCGCAUUUUUCUGGUUGUUGGGAUCCUGUUGCCGUACUUUUCCUCACUGGGGCCUCUGAUUCACGGAUGGUUGAGGCUCGACAGUUCCUGCCUCCGAAAAUAAUGUCUCCGCUGCCGAGAACAGACGUCCAGAAUAUCAGCGAACAUGGCGAUGUUAUACAUGACCUUUCCGCGACGCUCGAGGAUAUGACACUUAGUGGAGAAGAACCUCUACCAAUGCACGUUCCUUCAAAAUUGUACAGUGGGCUUGGUGGGGUAUCUUAUGUACAGCUCUUGACUCUACAACGAAGUAUGCAUGAUGUACUUGUAGGACAACAGCUCGUGCCAGGUGAUACGGAUUUACCCAUAGCUGGAGGGUCUGCAUGGAUAGACGAUAAAAGACUCAGCGAGCUGAGGCUCUCCAGGAGCCAUCCGCGCCGAAUCCUUAUCACCUGCCAUCGCGACUUAACUAUUCGUUUCUACGACGCCAGCCCUCAGCUUCUCAUCAGCUCCAGCACAUCUCCCCUUCAGAAGAAUUACCCUUUCGCAAUUCAUGACCUCACUAUAGAUCUCAGCUGUCUACCACUGCCCAGUGCCCCAGAAGUUGCCACUGUUCAAUUAGCCCCCGAAUCCUUGGAGUGUGUCGUGCUACUGAAGUCAGGCGACCUGGUGAUAUAUCAAUUGAACACCACACAAGUCACCCCUCUUAUCGAAAUAGAGGGAAACAAAGAGUUUGUCCUGCUGGGUGAUGUCACUUUACGACCAGGGACAAGGUAUCAUCCCUUCUUGAUGCUGCCUCGCGGUAAUAUUUCCUUGACAUGUUGCGCAUUGUCGGACAUAGGUUUCGUUGGUGUUGGUUACAUUGAUGGUUCUGUCGCAGUGAUCGAUCUGCGUGGACCAUCUCUCCUCAGACCGCAGCGUCAGAAAAGGCAGUCUAAGCUUCUGGUCCGCAAUCAAGAUGCAGAUCCUGUUGUCUCUCUGACGUGGACCGUUUCUCCUGUCAGCAUGGAUGCACAGCUAGCUGUGCGGCUGAUCGCCAUCCAUGAGUCUGGCAACACGCAGGUCUUCAAGAUAAUCCGGGAUCCUGAGUCUUCGCUGUAUGAUUUUGCACAAGAUGUCACCAGGAUCGAGGGCCUCCCGAAUGUCAUGCAAGGCGGUUCUUUCGUGAUCGAUUCGCAGAAAGGUACUACUUGGCGUGCCGAUCGAUCACGUUUUGCCGCUUCUCUUCAGACUAGAGAUAGCAAUCCUGCACGUUGCCUCUGGGUGACAGCGAGUGCCAAGGGUGCUCGUUGUAUGCUUGAUAUCUCAGGGGAGAGGAUUUCCAAAGUAGAAUGGAAUAGCAAGAAAAACAAAGUUGGACACGUUCAAGUGAUUGAGAAGAACAAUUCUCACGUGUUUGUAGCAUUCAAUGACAAACCAGAAGCUAUCGUUUACUCUUUACCUUAUCUCGAGCACCUGCAUACCUUCCCUCUUGCAAAAGUGUGCGAAAAUGUCGUGUCUGUGGAUGAAACAGGAGAUUUCAUUGCCUCAAGGCAUCACGAGUCAGGCGUACUUGAACAGAUCGUAUUCGGCACACUUUUCAAGACCCGUCGUGUUUAUGAUCAGCCGAUCGUUGAUGUGACAAGUUUCCACCGCGAAAUCCCCCCUUACCCGCAGCCAGUGUCCGUUGGACCCCCUUCGUUGCUGGGCUCAUGGUUCCGGUAUGGGAAACCUAUUAUGACCGGAGAACAGCUCGAUGCACUACUUGCGGGCCCAGACAGACCUAUACCGCCACCAGAUCCUGUGCAAACACUACAGGACACGACCACCGAUUAUGGACCCGGUGUCACGAAGACGAUGGAGAACGCUCGCAGUGGCGUCUAUAAUCGUCUAAACGAUGCUCUUGCUGAAAGGGGGGAGAUGUUGGGAAACAUUGAACAACGGAUUGAUUCCCUACAUCAAGGGAGCAAAGAUAUGGUGGCGCAGGCUAAGAGACUUGCGACUGAGCAGAGCGCCAGACGUUGGUUCGGUUUCUGAGCUGAUCAACAGGAUACACGUCAUACCCGCCAAUGACACUCGAGAUUCGAAGUUCUCGAUGUAUACCAUUAUAUAUAUCCGU